GCCCCAACGUAGCCAAGGAGGGUUUUGAGUUUAAAAUCCCCUUCCAGGAGGUUUUUGCGAUUAAACCACCUUUUAUAUAAACAAAAACAAAAAACAAAAAAAUUCCAAGAGCAUAGCUCUUUACAAUACAAAUCCCUCUUCAAUAUAAGACUAAAGCAUACAUCAGUCACCAGAUUCUAUGAGUGUAGCCAAGAGGCGUUUUGUGAAUAAAACCCCCCUCCAAAGGGCUUUAAGUUAAAACCCCAUACAGAGGGUUUUGAGUUUAAAACCCCACUCCAGCGAAGUUUGAAGCUAAAAACCACCUCUUCAAUAUAACAAAAAGCAAAUUACGCACUCAAAAUUUUAUAAGCGUAACCAAGGGGGUAUAAAUCCCUUAUUCUCCAGAGGGCUUUAAGUUUAAAACAACUCCGGAUGAAAUCCUAUGCCGAACUGGGAAUCGACCACUUAGUGAAGUUGUGAUAGAGCGUCGUAUGACAAAAGGAAUUACGCUUAUCAAGAGUUGCGAUGACAUGGAGGCCAUUACGAGGAAAGCGGAAACAGGGAGAAUUGGCGCCACUCAUCUAAGUCCUAAAAGUCGUUUUAAAGUUAUAAACUAAUCAAGCAAUAAAGGUGCACAAAGAGUGCAAGUAUUACAUUUGGACGAUGGGCUGUCCUGCUCAUAUAGAGUACAUGGAAGAAAUACAAAGACUUCGAACCUUUGCUCUCUUUCCCAGAGCAUCUUUCAUUCAGGUGUCUCCAAUACUGCUUGCUGAGGAUGGCUUUGUCUUUACUGGAACUCGAAACACUACCCGCUGUGUCUACUGCGAGCUGGUCAAGAGCGACUGGACGUCUGCUGAUGAUAUCCAUGAAGUUCACGCGUGCAUGUCACCACGUUGUCCAAUGGUAACGAAGAUAGGUUGUAACAACAAAACAGUACAACCAGAGGACCAAUCCAGCUUUAGCUUCGUCUCUGAUGGUCAUGAAAAUAUUGGGACUUGUCGCGAUGAUGAAGCCCAGAAAAAUCGAUCCAACCAUAAUGCUGAGACACAAAUCAUCCACGCUCAACGUGACCAUGACCAAACAAUCUGUGAACCUAAACAUCUUGAUGUCCACGAUGACAGUGGCAGACAUCCUGACGACUCUUCGCAUGCACAUGCAAGAAUCACGAAUAUUUCGUCAGAAAUACAAAAGCCCAAAGAAAAACAUUUCAAUGCAUCAAGUUUAGAGAAAGAUGAAGCUGUGUUUAUUAAAACGACACCCUCUAAAAAUCCUCCAAGGGAAAUAAUUGAAGUCGAAACCAAUCAGGUUUUGUCACGAAAAGCAAAAAGGGUUGACUAUGCAGUUGAGGAGAGGCGUCUGGAAAGUUUUACUGAAUGGCCUGAAAGUCAUCAUUUAGAGCCUACUAGCCUUGCCAAGUGUGGUUUAUUUUAUGCUGGUUAUGGUGAUUGUGUUCGGUGUUUUUUCUGUGGAGGCGGUUUAAGAAAUUGGAAAGUUGAAGAUAACAUUUGGAUAGAGCAUGCCAGGUGGUUCCCCAAGUGUAAAUAUGUGAUCGACACAGUAGGACAACCAUUUAUCGAUAUGGUUUCGGAUCUGAAUAGCAAAUAUGACCAAAUUGAUCUGAACAUGGUUCUUCAAAAUCUGAGCCAAGAUUAUUGUGAACAUUUCCCAGUUCUAAGCGAAUUGUGGGAUACGUUGUAUGACAAGAAACAGACUUCAGCUUCUUACCAUGACAAUAUUUCCACUGAAGAAAGUAGCACGAAGAAAGCACCGUUCAAGAUGAAGUCACAAAAUAGUGAAGAUCAGAAUACUUCUUUUACGGUCCAAUUGACUUCUAAAGUUCGUAAAAAAUUAGAAGAUAGCUCCUACCUAGGUGUCAUCAUGGACAAACCCAAAACGAAGGAACUAGCUUCCUGGUCUGCUAGAUUUAGUAGAUUUGACAAGUGGCCCAAAGAGCACCAUCUCAGGCCGCAUGUUUUGUGUGAUGCCGGAUUCUACUACGCUGGCUAUGGAGAUUGCUGUCGAUGUUUUUAUUGCGGAGGUGGUCUACGGAAUUGGGAACUUGAAGAUGACGUCUGGGUGGAACACGCUCGAUGCUUCCCAAAGUGUGGCUACAUGAGACAGAAAGCUGGAGAUACUUUUAUAAGCUGUGUACAAAGAUUAAACCAAACCAAAGAGAAAAUUACACUGGCGGAUGUAAUGAAUGAUAUAGGUGAAUCGAAUCUGAUCUUUCACAGAGAUGUCAUGUUCAAGAGUGAUCCGUCCGUACUUUCGAUUGUUGAACAAGGCUUCAAUAAAGAAAUGGUUUUAGAUGUGGCCAAAGAAUUGUAUGAAAAAAAUAUUACAGUAACUUCAGAGUCUCUUCUCAAAAGUCUCACAGAACUAGGUCAAGUCAUACACGAAGCUGACACUAGAACAUUAACUUCAUCAAUAGACAACUCCGAGACAAUAAGAAAAGAGAACCAGGAAUUAAGAGAACAGUCGCUGUGCAAGAUCUGCUUGGACGAGAAAAUGGAGAUUGUCUUCACAUCGUGCGGUCAUCUGGUCUGCUGCACUGAGUGUGCUUCGGCCCUAGACAAAUGUCCAAUAUGUCGAAAAGCUGUCACGGGAAAAGUCAGAGUUCAUAUGAGUUGACACUAAAUGUUGAACAUGUUUGUACAAGAAGGAUGAAAGUAAAUCACCUUCACCUGUCCAUUAGACUGUUGGGUAGACUGUUGGGGCACCACAUAUGAUCAGUGGAACGUCUUUCUUCAUUUUGUCAUUGUCGUUUGCCAGUAACAAUGUUUCUUCCUUAGAGAGGCCCGGCCAUUGUUAUAUGUUCUCUUUCUCUGGUUCUACAGUCGCUUCCUUUGUCUGCCUCUCUUUUUCUGGUUCUCCAGUCGCUUCCCUUAUCUGCCUCUCUUUUUCUAGUUCUCCAGUCGCUUCCCUUAUCUGCCUCUCUUUUUCUGGUUCUCCAGUCGCUUCCCUUAUCUGCCUCUCUUUUUCUGGUUCUCCAGUCGCUUUCCUUAUCUGCCUCUCUUUUUCUGGUUCUCCAGUCGCUUCCCUUAUCUGCCUCUCUUUUCUGGUUCUCCAGUCGCUUCCCUUAUCUGCCUCUCUUUUUCUGGUUCUCCUCUCUUUUCCUUUGUCUGCCUCUCUUUUUCUGGUUCUCCUCUCACUUCCUUUGUCUUCUCUCCUUCUCUCGUUUUAGUACCUGCUUAAAAGUCUUUGCCAGCCCUAUGGAGAGACCUAUAACAUUUUAUGGACAAAUAAAACCGUGUGUACAGCAUUCUUUAGGAACAACUUCUAAAAAACAGAUUUGGAGGAAUGAAGUAGGAUAAAACUGAGAGGCGGAAAUGUUUUUGAGUGAACUGAGAAAGAAAAUAUGAAAUUCUAAACUAGCUGGCGGAAAACUUAGAAUAAAGAGUAAAUAUUGUGAGAAAAAGACUUUUAAGAAAUCGUCUGUAUCUAGACAAUAUGGAGAAUGAAAUUAACUCUUGUACUAAACACUAUUAUUUGUAAGCUGUACCUGUAUAUCUUUUGUACUGGUGAGCUUAAAUUACUUUGUAAUUUUAAAUUUCAUUUAGGUGAAUUAUAUAAUGAAUAAUAAAUGGUUCAUGUUUGCCA